ACCAGCUACAGAACCUUGAAUGCUGUGGCUAGGGCAACCUCUGACUCAGGUAUCACUUGUGAGGCUUGCCUCUCUUGUGUUAGCUGCGCGGUUAAGGCCUGGUGUCUUAUAGUGACUAGGACAGUCUGUCUGAUUUUGAUGUCCUGGGUCUUUAGCCACUUAGUGUGCCCUAGAGGGACUUUUCUAAGGAAGUAGUUGUAGAACUCCACGGGUUUUCCCACAGUGGACCCUGGUGAACUGCCAAUACUUGAUAAUUCACCAAUCAGUUACCAAUGCUGCCCACUCAACUGGCUUCAUACUUUGACUAACCUUGAUACCCCAAUCAACUCUCUUUUUGAAGAAAAGGUAUUCUGAACUCUUCAUUCUGUGACCAGAUAAGUUUCUGAUCUUGAACCAACUUGUGGAUUUUACAUUUACUGGAGUAAGUGGUUCUCCCAACAUAGUGGUCAGGCACCCAACACAGGCAAUCCAGGCAGUGAUUCCAUGUGGCAACCAGGACCGUGUUGGAUGGAGACGAACCCUGAUGCUUCCAGACAAUGUAGAAAAAGGAAACAGCAGGAUGAAGGAGGCACGGAGUUGGAUUCUGAACUUUUGGGACAUGGUGGGAAACUGAAACGCCAGGAUGAGGGUAGAACGGAUUGGGAGUUUGAAGAGCCCAGCAAGGCUUGGAUAGCUCAGGAACAGCAAGACCUAUGGCUUCAAAAUCAACAACCAGUCAAAGAGCAGCCACGGAAACCCCAGGAAGAGAGUCCAAAACAGCUAAAGCCCCUGGAGUGGGCCAAAGGUCCAUGGGAGCAGGGUGUAACUGAGAGAAAGUCUGCUGAUUGUGGCAAGGGUCGUAAGCGGCCCUAUUGUGUCAUGGAGGAAUUUGCCCAAGACCAUCAAAGGGAAAAGUACCGAAAGUUACAACAGCACCUUCAACACAAUGGUGACACAAACUCUGACCCACCCAGGGCUCACACAGCCCUCAUGGAUACUUUGAACACCAAAGGUUGUGGGAAAGAGCAGAGUCAUGGAUCCAGUCCAACUCAGUGUGAUCCUAAACAAUCUGUUGCUGUUGCCACAAGAGAAUGUCUGUCACCAGACAAUAGAGUAAAUAUGUCUACCGAGGAAACAUCUGAUACACAGAACGAAGAUGGAGUUACCCUUGAAGAAAGAAGACGACACCACUUGGAGUCUGACUUGCAAAGAACACAGGCUCAAAUCCUGCAUAGUGGCAGCAGCAGGUUACUCCCCAACAAGAUGCCCAUAUUUACUACAGAGAAAAAACCUGUUCAAGGCCAGGGAAAGGGCAGAGGAACAGACGAAGUCCUUGAUGUUACCGAGGACAUGGAAAAAGAAAUCAAGAAGGCACUAGGCCCAGGACCCCAAGAGGAAAUCUUAAGUAGUGCAUUUAAAUUGAAAAUUACUAGAGGAGAUAUCCAGACACUAGAGACUGGUCAGUGGCUUAAUGAUGAGGUAAUUAAUUUUUACAUGAAUCUUCUGGUUCAGCGAAAUGACACUGAAGGCUACCCUGCUCUUCAUGUGUUUAGCACUUUUUUCUACCCUAAGCUAAAAAAUGGCGGCUACAGUGCUGUUAAAAGAUGGACUAGAGGAAUAAAUCUAUUUGAAAAGGAAAUUAUUUUUGUGCCUAUUCAUCAGAAGGUACAUUGGAGUCUAAUAGAAAUCGACCCAAGGAAACGCAGUAUUUUGUAUUAUGACUCAAUGGGACACACAGGGCAGAGUAUCUGUGAGACCAUCUUUCAAUAUUUACAAAAUGAGAGCAAGACUCGAAGGAACAUGGAGCUGGACCCUUUGGAUUGGAAGCAAUACAGCAUGACAUCAGCGGAGAUUCCUCAACAGCUGAACGGGAGCGACUGUGGCGUAUUUACCUGUAAAUAUGCAGAUUAUAUUUCUAGAGACCAACCUGUCACCUUUUCUCAGCAGCACAUGCCCCUCUUUAGGAAGAGGAUGGUAUGGGAGAUCCUGCACAGUCACUUGCUGUAACAACAUCCUCCCGGUUGCUAUGUAACCCUGUAUUUUUCCAUUGAUGCUUCUACACACGUCAUUCAAGAUGGGUUAAAAAUAUUUAAAACAGAUACUGAGCUGUCCAAAACGCAUAGAGCCAGCCCACUCUCUUCAAUGUAGUCCUAAUUUGCAGAGUCCUGCCCAGUGCUGCCUGUAGGAUGCUGUAACUACCGCAAGCUUAGGAACUGCUGUUCAACCCUCAUAAGAACACAUGCUCAAAAAUACUGUUUCAAUGUUGGAUUUAAUUUAUGAAUUUUUUUUUGUCUUCUGGUCUCCCCAUGAUUGUUUGUUUUCAUAAACCCAUUUGCAAAUCUUGGCAGUUGUUUUCCAAUAUCCUGUAACUCACAACUCAAAAACUUGUACAAAACCUUGUGUACACUGUUUAUCUCUGAAAGGAAUACCCAUUAUAGUGUUAUUCCCGCUGAAGACCAGGAGGGACAUCAACAAGAGGAGGCAGGCAGUGUUGACUAGCUUCUCUAAUGCUGAAGUUGGAUCUGUUAAAUUGAGGCUGGGGGUGUGUUUUUAUGUAUUUUUUAAGUUUGAAUUACUACAAAAAAAGAAAGGAAAAUGAAUUGUACAGGCUGAAUCUUUUCUGACCCAUCAAACUCUAUUGGACUUGCGUAGGUGGUAGACAUAUGUGACCAUAAGAUGUGGGCAAGCUACUGUCUGCCUGUAAAGGACUAAUGUAGACCUGUGUAGUCAUAGGAUGUGGCCAAACUGUUGUCUGCCUGCCCAGGACUGUAAAGACAAGCAUCAUGAUUUUUCAAAGACAUAGUCUUUACCAGAAUUAAGAAGACACACUUCAGUUUUGGAAAUUUAUUAGAAAUAACUUUAAUGGUAAAUAUCCAUUAUUAUCUCAUGUCUCAUUGAAUCCAAACCUCAGCUUUGCUAGGGCUAUGUUGAGUUAUUUGAAAAGCUUCAUUUGAUUUAAAAUAUGUUUUCCAUUUAGUUUGUUAGAUUAAUAGGGCUAAAUUCCAUUACCUUUGUGGAAGUGGGGAUUUCAUGUUUAACACUGAUAUUUACAAUUAUACAAUAAUCUUUU